GGCGUUGUACUCCGCAUCUCAUUUGCAGCAGGGGCAAUUUCUCCAUUUUCAAAUUCUCUUCGGGGAAUAAAUUGGAAGAUUUUUUGUUCCUUGAAUUAAAUCUUGCGGCUUUUUUGCUCUCUGUAUAUUUCAAGUGGGGUGCUACUGGCUCGAAGUUGCGUCCUAAGCUUUUAACAAAGGGAGAGUUCAAGAUCUCACUAGAAUUUUGGAAGGAAGCUUGCGGUCUUUGUUCAUUCAUUUGAUCGUUUGGGUUUCUUUGUUGGGCUAGAAGCAUGGGAGCACAAAUCUCCAAAACCGGUGCGAAAGAAGAAACCGCUGCGGAUAAACCAGCAGAAGAAGCGGCAGUUGCAGCCAAGACAAACGGACAGGAGAAUGGACAUGCGAAAACAAAUGGAGAUGCCUCUCCUACAGAGGAAACAAACAAAGCUGAGGUCCAGGCCAACGGCAGCUCCCCUACUGAGGAGACGCCCAAAGAGGCAGCAGACAAGGUAGAAGCUGCGGAGGGGGAGAAGGAGCCAGCUGCGGCCGCCACCAACGGGGAGGCCAAGCAGGAGGAGGAGGCUGCAGGCACCAGUGACGAGGCCAAGCAGAAGAAGAAGCGCUUCUCUUUCAAGAAGCCCUCCUUCAAGCUGAGCGGCUUCUCCUUCAAGAAGGGCAAGAAGGAAUCCGAGGAGGGGAACGAGGACGGAGAGGCCGCUCCUGCCGAGGAGGGGAAAGCGACGGAGGAGACCGCGGCCGCCGAGGAGGAGGAGGCCAAGCCCACUGAGGCCGGGGAGGAGGCCGCCAAGGAGGCCCAUGCUGAGGAGGCCAAGGCCGAGGAGCCCAAAGCUGCAGAAGAGGUGAAGGGAGAGGCCGCUGCUGGGGAGAAGCCGACGGAGCCUUCACCCGCAGAGCCCGAGUCAGCAGCCGGCGGGGAGGCGGCCCCAGCCUCCAGCGAGUGAUCCUGCACAGUGCACAGAACGAGACGCCAGAAUGGAGAGAGUCAAAGAACCCGUUUGUUUGUUUUGAAGGAAUGAGAGGACUUGUCUAAAACCAGGGAUAUUUCUUUUGUUAAUUUGUUGUCGGUGUUUACUGUUUUCUAUCCAUUUCAUCCAUAAAUGGCUGCCAAGUCAACUGCAGUGAAGGACAGGGCAUUUGUAGAGAAGGCAUGCUCCAUCACUGUUUUUUUGCAUAUGUGAUUGUGUGAGUGAGUGUGUUUCAUGUGUGGAUGUGAGUAAGUAUUUGUUUUACACGUAACCAUAUAACUAACUGUAUUGAAGUUGGAAGUUGUCAUAUUUAAAAUGAAGUAUUUGGUGUUGGGCAAUUGGAUGUAGCUGAGACUGCAAGAGUGACACAUCAAGAUUCAAAGGGAAGUCCUACAACCAAUCUAGAUGUUGUCAGUGUGCAGUUCACCACAUUGUUUACAAUUCCUUAUCAUUGCCCCUGUGGCAGCAAAACCAUUCCUGAAUGACAUAGUUUUUAGAUUUAAUGUAAAAAAAAAACAAAAAACAUAGAUGCUCAUUUCAUUAGAUUUCACCAUUUCAAAACUGUAGUAAUGCACGUUGUAUAGACUUUGAUAUUACUGGUUUAGGACCUUCAUGAGAUGUACCUAAAGUUUUUAACCGCUUGUUGUAAAUGAAGUUUCCUGUUUACCACCACAUUGAUUUAUUUUCUUUUUGUUUUGGUAAGAAUUAAUAAAUUUGGAAGAUGUUUUAAACAUUUUGCAUCAAGCUGUGAUAACUUGCAACAAAAAAAGUUUGAAAUUGUGAAUUUUGAUGACUUAACAACAAAAAGCAAACUGGUGAUUUAAGAAGGAAAAUAGCCAGUACAAUUUCCUGAACACCAUCAUCUUUUGUAAAUAAUGAAGCUUCACCCUAUUUGAAUUUGAGAUGGAAUGUAACUUUGCCUACAAAUGGUAGUAAGAUUUCUCUUCUUAAGGUGUUCCAUUUUUCUGUGAGCACUGUGAAUGAAUAAAGGAAUAAUGCAG